AUAAAUACAAAACAAAACACAUCUAUAAAAUAAAACCUCGAAACGCUCCUAUGCCCUUUCUUCUUCACCAAAGCUAAUUGAACCUAUACAUACAUCUCUUGUAUCUAUACAUCGCCGAUCUGGAGAAAUCUAAAUGCCGUCCAUGUCCACCGCUGUUCCCCCGCCGUUGAAAUCCAAGCCGAUCCUGAUACGUUCGGUUUGGUCCGACAAUCUCGCGUCGGAAUUCGAAUUGAUUCGUACGUACAUCGAACAGUAUCCGUACAUCUCGAUGGACACGGAGUUUCCCGGCGUGAUAGUGCGGGCCACAAACGCCGGAACUGACUUUUUUGUGCACCGGAACUCCGGCGAGCACUACGUCAUCCUCAAGCAGAACGUGGACCAGCUGAAGCUGAUACAAGUCGGUCUCACUCUGUCGGAUGCUACUGGAAACCUGCCGGAUCUCGGGACGGAGAACAGGUUCAUUUGGGAAUUCAAUUUUCGUGAUUUUGACCUGGCGAGUGACGUGCACGCGCCGGAUUCGAUUGAGAUGUUGAGGCGACAAGGUAUCGAUUUCGAGAAGAACCGGGAGAAAGGGAUUGACUCGGUUAAGUUUGCUGAGCUCAUGAUGUCGUCAGGGCUGGUGUUGGAUCAGUCAGUAAGUUGGAUUACUUUUCACAGUGGUUACGAUUUCGGGUACUUGAUUAAGAUAUUGACACACAAGCCUCUGCCUAGUACAUUGUCUGAGUUUCUUAAGCUGCUCAAAAUGUUUUUCGGGGAAAAUGUGUAUGAUGUGAAGCAUAUGAUGAAGUUCUGUCAAGGCUUGUAUGGGGGGUUGGAUCAGGUGGCUAGGACUCUUGAUGUGAAGCGGAUGGUAGGGCGAUCGCACCAGGCUGGUUCUGAUAGUUUGUUAACAUGGCAUGCUUUUCAGAAGAUUAAGGAUUUGUGCAAAGAUGGGGCGGAAAGAUAUGCUGGUGUGCUGUUUGGGUUAGAGGUUUUCUGAGUUCCCUGUUUGUAGAAUUUUUCAUUUCGAUUAGUGAAGAUGUACAAUCUUUGGCUCUUUUCUAAUUAAUACCAGAUAUAAGCAUUGCUUUUAUCCUA